AUGGCUAAUUCAUUUGGAAGUUUAUCGUCGUCAUCAAACGAUUAUCGGACCCUGAAAUGGCUGUUAACCAUUGUCAGUGUAACGACGACGGUUGUUGCAUUCAUAAUCGUCAUCAGUUUCCGAUCAAACGAGUGGUUUAUGUAUGAAUCUAUAAAUAACGAUAGUCGAACGUAUGGACGAACAGUCGAACGUGGCAGUAUUGGCUUGUGGUAUUUGUGUAGUGGCCAUGUUUAUGCACCUGUCGAUUGUGACGCAUGGACAAAAGCUACUCGACCAGCCAAUUUCAAUGUUGUACUCAUGCUUUUUGCCUGUACAUUAUUAAUAACCAAUUUAACCGUGUUUCCGUCAUAUGCCACAGUCAUACUGAUCGCUUACAAUCAUAAUGAUCGCUAUCGUCAUCAUAUCACUGCACUGAUUUAUAUACUUUUAGUAUUGGCAUUGGCAUUCACCAUACUACUCAUCGCGUCAAUGAUAUUUAUUAGCUUGACGCAGUUUUACUCUCCAGGAAGAUUUGUAGAUGAAACAAGAUAUUUAUAUGUCCAUCAAGGCUUUGGUCUAUAUAUGGCCGACAUUGCCACGGUCUUAUCUGUCCUCAUCUUAAUAUUGAUCAUUAUAACCAUCAUAUGGCGAAAAUACAUCGAAAUCCAACGAUUAGAGGCUGAGAAAGAACUGCUGAGGCAAAUAUCCGAUGAAAACUAUCGUCCAGGAUGGUAUAAAAUAAAACUAGCACCAACACCUAAAACACCGUUUCCAACAUCUGACACACCACCUCCGUACGAAGCCGUGCAAAAGCAAACUGUCAGCUAUAACAACAGUUAA